AUGGUUCCGGGUUUCGGAUUUAGGGUUUCGAGGUCUGGGGUUGGGGGUCCGGGGUUUAUGGUACGGGAUCCGGGGGGUCCCGAGGGUCCGGGGGUUCGGCGUUCAGGGUUCGGUGUUAGGGGUUCUGGGUUCGGGGUUCGGGGUUCUGGGUUCAGGGUUUUGGGUUCUGGGUUUGGUGUUCAGGGUUUAGGGUUUGGAGUUUGGUGUUUGGGGUUUGGGGUUUUUGGUUGGGGUUCCGGAUUCCGGCUUCCGGGGUCCGGGUUCCGGGUUCCAAGUUCCGAGUUUCGGGUUCCGGGUUCCAGGUUCCGAGUUCCGAGGUCUGGGGUCCGGGGUCCAGGGUCCGGGGUCUGGGGUCCAGGGUCCGGGGGUCCAGGACUGCCGGGGUUCGGGGUUCGGGGUUAUGGGUUCGGGGUUCGGGGUUCGGGGUUCUGGGUUCUGGGUUUGGGGUUUGGGGUUUGGGGGUUUUUAGGGUUGACUGUUUCGGUUUCGGUUUCGGGUUCGGGGUUCCGGGUUCGGGGUUCUGGAUUCCGGGUUCCGAGUUCCGGGUUCCGGGUUUCGGGUUUCGGUUUCCCGGUUUCGGGUUUACGUUUAGGGUUGAAGGUUGAGGGUUUUCGGGGUUCGGGGGUGGGGUUCGGGGUUCGGGUUCGGGGUUGGGGUUUCCGGGUCCCGGUCCGGGGUCGGGUUUCCGGGGGUCCCGGGGCUCCGGGGUCGGGGUUCUGGGUUCAGGGGUUUAUAGGGUUUCGGUUUGGUGUUUGGGGUUUGGUGUUCGGGGUUCGGGGGUCUUGGUUUGGGCUUCCGUAUUCCGUGUUCCGGUAUUCGGGUUCCGGGUUCCUGGUUUCGGGUUUCGGGGUCCGGGGUCGGGGUUCGGGAUACGGAUCUGGGGUCCGGGAUUCGGGGUCUUGGGGCUCCGGAGGUGCCCGGGGUUCGGGGUUCGGGUUCGGGGUUCGGGGUUCAGGGUUCUGGGUUUUGGGUUUUGGGUUCUGGGUUUGGUGUUUGGGGUUUGGGGUUUGGGAUUUGGGAUUUGGGGUUUUGGGUUUGGGGUUUUGGGUUUGGGGUUUUGGGUUUGGGGUUUGGGGUUUUCGGGUUUCUGGUUUCGGGUUUCUGGUUCGGGUUUAUGGUUUUCCCGGGUUUUUUAUGUUUUCGGGUUUGAAGAUUUUCGGGUUAGGGUUUAGGUUAGGCCACUACUACCCAAAAAGUGCAUGA